GAAGCGAUAAGUGUGGAAUCGCGAGCAAUUAUUUUCGCAUCGCACGUGUCCUUUUUCUCUACGACCACGACAGUUUUGUCCGAUCGUCCGCCGGUUUCCUUUCCGAAUUAUCGGUGACCGCGUCGUGUUCUCGGCGAGAGUAUAUUCGUAAAAUUGGACAGCGUGCAAUCGAGUUGUGAUUAUCGAAGUGGACUGACCGAUCGAGUUCUCGGCUGUGAAGUGAAUUAAUACCCCAGGAAAACGAUCGAAACGGAGAAAGGAAGUGACCAGCAGCAGCAGCAGCGGCAGCAGCAGCAGCAGCAGCAGCAGCAGCAGCAGCCAGCAGCAGCGUACACGGGCGAGCACGGUGGCUGGAAACGGUGACUUACAUCGAGAGCGCCAACCUGCAAUCAAGGUUCAUGGUUUUCAUGGAUGAGAGCGAGCUCUCGAGCAAGCGGUGGGCCAGUGCGCCCCGCCGCCCGGACAGCCCCUGCGUCCUGGGGGCACCAACGUCUAGGGAGGCGGCGGGACCGCCGGUGCAGCUGGAACCAGUGGAUCUGUCCGUGAAAACUCCCGUGGUGUUGCAGGUGCCUCGGUAUAGUCCAGCGGCUAUAAUUACCGCCGCGGCUAGAAGAAUCCCUUCACCUUCGACGACGCCUACGCCACCGCCGCUCUCCAUAUCUACCGUGUCGCCGCCUUUGCCGCCUCUGGGAGAAACAGCGUGGGAGAGAAACCGGGAACGCGAGCGCGAGAGGGUGCGAGAGAGGAGCACGGAGAACGAGCACAGGGAACGGCAGCAAGAAAGAGAAUCAGGGAUCAGGGAGAGGGAGCCGCGGGAUCGUGAAAAGGAACGGGAUCGCGAUAGGGAGAGGCAAAGGGACAGGGAAAGGGACAGAGAGCGGGACGUGUCGGUCCGCAUGAUGGAACCGCUCGAUCCUGUCUUCGUUUCCCCCUCGGCGGCCCUGCUCGCGUUGCAGAGGAUAAAGGAAACGUCCCUGGUGUUUCACAAGCGUACGGCGACCGGAAUAGGGAUCGGCGGUAGAGGAAACGCCGGUGUCGGAGGAAACGGCGGCAGCCUAGCGGUGGACAACGAAUGCGGCGACGCGUUGAAGAGACGCAAGGUUCACAGAUGCGACGUGGCGGGCUGCGACAAGGUGUACACGAAGAGCUCCCACCUGAAGGCUCACAAGAGAACCCACACCGGCGAGAAACCGUACCAGUGCACAUGGGAGGGUUGCACGUGGAAAUUCGCGCGUUCCGACGAAUUAACGCGGCACUAUCGCAAGCACACGGGCCAGAAGCCGUUCAAGUGCCAUCUUUGUCAGCGAUCGUUCUCGCGGAGCGACCACUUAUCGCUUCACAUGAAAAGGCACUGAUAGAGAGGACCGUCUAGCCGUUGGAGGAAAGAUGGGACAGAGGAAGAAGGGAGAAAGACCGAUUCGUCCCGGGAAUCGUGGACGACGACGAUGAUUCUUUCUUUUUACAUUCGGGACCUGAAGAGCCUCACUCGUUGUUACUCGAAUCGUUUCCAUCGAACGUGAAGAGUCGGAGGCGGAAACUAGGAGAAAAAAUGAAGAAGCAAACGAAUCGUUCAUUAGGAUUAGAGGUCUAAUUUAAUGGGAGUAUCAUUGCAAUUAUCGGUGAACGAUCGUGCUAGCCUGCCAGCAAUCGUCGCACGCAUCGCAGCGAAUCGUUGACGCUUUCCUUUAUGCUCUUAUUUCUUGUUUUUCUUGUUGAAUUGCCUCCGUCGGGGAGAAAUUGCUGUUUUCAAUUUCGCCUUGUUUUUCUAGAGCGACGACGUAGCGUAAGAAUUGUUGAUAUUUAAUAUCUUCGACGGAAAUUUAUUUAUUCUUCGUUGGAAGCGUGUUUAAAAAAGAAAAAGGGGAAUAUCGCGCGAAGCUUGGCUUCCGCGAUGAAAAGGGAGAAAGAAAAUGAGAAAAAGAAAAAAAAAAAUAAAAAUAAAAAUAGGAACCGGA